UGUAUAUUAAUCAACAUCAAUUUAUGUUGAAUGCUGUUUUUAUUAUGAUUUUGCAUAUAGACGAAAUAUUUUUGAAGUAGAUGACGAUUGAAGAGUAUAUUAUCGCUUUCGAGCACAGUACAGUUUCACUAAAAACGUCAUUUGUGAAUAUUCUUGGAUAUCAAAAUGAGUUUGUGGGUUGAUAAGUAUCGUCCUACGACACUUGCUAAAUUAGAUUAUCAUCUCGAACAAGCGGAGGACUUGAAAAAUAUGGUUCAAAAGCGAGACUUUCCGCAUUUAUUAGUGCAUGGACCACCAGGUGCAGGAAAGAAAACUCGUAUAUUAUGUAUUUUAAAAGAACUUUAUGGAAAUGCAGCUGAGAGAUUAAAAACAGAAAACAUGCAGUUUGAGACAGCUUCUAAAAAAAAGUUAGAGAUAUUAACAAUAAGCAGUAAUUACCAUAUUGAAGUAAAUCCCAGUGAUGCAGGAAUACAUGACAGAAUUGUUGUUAUGGAGUUAAUAAAAGCAACCGCACAAACACAUCAUAUAGAUAUAGGUCAAACAGAAUUUAAAGUGGUAUUGCUGUCAAAUGUGGAUCAACUUACUAGGGAUGCGCAGCACGCACUUCGUAGAACAAUGGAAAAAUACAUUAGUACAUGUAGAUUGAUUCUUUGUGCUAACUCAACAUCACGAGUUCUACCUGCGAUUCGAUCGCGAUGUGUACGAAUUCGAGUACCCGCACCAACAGCUUCCGAAAUAAAAAAUAUCUUACAUUCCAUUUGUAGACGUGAGGGACUUAGCUUGCCUGACGAAUUGGCUAAUCGGAUAAUCGAGGCUAGCGAUAGAAAUCUCAGACGAGCAAUAUUAAUGCUUGAAGCUUCCAAAGUUGAGCAGUAUCCAUUCACCACUAAUCAAAAGAUAACAGAGCCAGAUUGGCAAGUAUAUAUACGAAAUACAGCUACUAAGAUGAUAUCUGAACAAUCUCCCAAAGUACUUCUGGAAAUUCGUAAUAGAUUUUAUGAUUUAUUAACACGUGCUAUACCGUGCGAUCUAAUAUUCAGAGGACUGUUACAAGAAUGUGUAAAGAAAUGCGAUGAUCAGUUGAAAAGAGAAAUUAUUGAUAUUGCAUCAGAAUACCAACAUAGAAUGAUACGUGGUUCAAAACCCAUCUUCCAUUUAGAAGCUUUUGCUGCACGAUUUAUGGCGAUUUAUAAAAAGUAUAUCGACUCAUCCCUAGAAGGUUUUAUGUAAAGUUUGUAACUUUUUAUAUUUGUACUUUUUAUGUAAUAGUUAUACUAUAUAACGAUAUAGUAUUAUAGAAUACAGUAAAUUUUUUCAAUAUCUAUUUUGAAAUGUUGGAAUAUUAUAAAGACCAU